AGCUAGCUGGGAAGCUCCCAGCUUUAAAGAGAGGCUGUUUACCAGAAGAGCAUAACAAGGGCAGGUCUGGCUGCAAGGCUGGGACCGACCGGGAGGCUGGAACUGCCACCAAGGGGACCCCAACUGGUCAAUCACCUGCAAAGAUGAAGGCGGUGAGGAUGCUGGUGGCCUGGGUGCAAACAUUCCUCCUCAGCAGCAUGCUCCUAGCAGAAGCCUAUGCAUCUGGAGGCUGCUUGUCGGACAACGGCCACCGGUACCGGGCGGACCAGUCCUCCCCGGCGCCGGGCCUCCGCUGCCUCAACUGGGUGGAAGCGCAGAGCCGCCUGGCCUCUGCCCCCGCGUCGGGCGCCGGCAACCACAGCUACUGCCGCAACCCGGACCGGGACCCGCGCGGGCCCUGGUGUUACGUCAGCGGCGAGACCGGCGCCCCCGAGAAGCGGCCUUGCGAGGACCCGCGCUGCCCAGAGACUGUUUCCCAGGACCUGCCAACCUCCAUGACAGAAACGGAGGAGGCGUUUGAAGUGCCAAGGGAAGAUGAGGUGGGGCUGUUUGCUCCUGCCAAUUCCCUGUCCGUCCGGAGCCAGGCAGCGACCGUGCAGCCCGUGAUUGGAAUCGUCCAGCGGGUUCAGGGGAACUCCAAGGACAAAAAGGACUUGGGGAUCCUGGGCAAUGUGCUGGGCAUGGGCAUGAUAGUGAUCAUCAUUGCCAUCGGAGUUGGCAUCAUCUUUGGAUACACCUACAAGAGGGCGAAGGGCCUGAAGGAGCAGUAUGACCAGAAAAUGUAUGAGCGGGAGAUGCAGCCCAUCACCCUGCCCUUGUCUGCCUUCACCAACGCCACCUGUGAGAUCGUGGAUGAGACGACAGUUGUGGUCCACACCAGUCAGACUCCCGUCGACCUCCAGGAGGGCGAUGCCCCCCUUAUGGACCAGGCAGGCACUCCCGGGGCCUGAGCCCCCCACAACGGGCAGGAGCCCGUGCAGACACUGGUGCAGGAUGGCCUACCCUCCUACAGCCGGGAAGAUCUACACUUUUUGUUGUGGUAAAAACCCUCCCCCCACUUUUUUUUUUCCCUUUUGGUUUUUGGUGAACCCUAAGAGACGCAGGUUGCCCUGUUGGCUGAGGGCGAAAUUGGGGAGGGUCCUACCAAUGAUCUUUCUCCAACCCCCGGAGCAGGGUUCUGUCCGUGGAUGGAGACAGUGGCCGCUGCCACGGCAGUGCUGCCGACAAGGGCUUGCCACGUUGCCUGUGUCCUGGAGCUGAAUCAGGGACGGUCAGGAAGCUCCCCCGGGCUCCUCUGUGCUUUAUGAUCGAGCGUGGCCUCAGUCUCCACCUUUCCGUGUGUUCUCUGUGGGCUUGAGCGGCGCACGCUGUUAUUCCUAGUUCAGGUCCAGCAGUUUGAGAGGAGACGUUUAAAAAAUAUAUUGAAACAGUGUUUGGGCUGGAACUCCCCACUGACCUCUGAGAACCAGAAAUGAGUUUGUACGAAAGUCCGAAGUGUGCGUUGAGAAUGGGACCCCGGCUGGGGGUGCUAGGUGGGCCCCAGCUUGCUGGCGGUGACACGCCUCGACAACAGUGGGCCCCGGCCAGGCCCAGGGACUUCCUGUUUUGAGAGGAAGGUGCUCACCUCGGCAGCACAUCUACUAAAAUUGGAACGGUACAGAGAAGAUGAGCACGGCCCCUGCAUGAGAGUGACAAGCAAAUUCGUGAAGCGUUACGUCUUUAAAAAAAAAAGAAAGGAAGAAUUGACGGACAUUUCGCUUAGGAAGAGGGUCAAGGAUGCCUCAGGCCGCACAGGACCUGAGGUGGGCCUGGGGUGCCCCAGACAGUCUCUCUCCAAGGUGGACAGCGACCUCUUCCUUUGGUGGGGCUAAGGCAACAGCUUACCCGUGGGAAUUGCACUGCGGGGGCUUGUGAGCUGCCUCUGAGAGGUUAGCCUGGAGGCUACGCUCAGAGGCGAGGUCAGAAGGUGCUUCAGGGCUUGCCCCUGCAGUGGCCUGAGUUUGCAGGUGGCUCUGUGGCCUCCAGGCCAGCCCUUCCCAGCUGCGGGGCAGUGGAGCAAGGUCACGCCCCCUAACUUGUAAAACAGUCAUAAAACCAUUGGAAGAGACCCUAGGGUUCCUCAGGCCCAGAGGGGGAAAGGGACACCCAAAGUCAUAAAGUGACCGGCAUGCGUGGCCAAGAGGAGAGGACAUUCCCCCACCCACUGUGCUACACUGUGCCAGCGGCGCGGCAGGGCCUCUCGGUCCUGGUGUCGCAUUUGGAGGCCUUAGCAAUGCCACCUGUCCACAGGGCUUCCUUCCCCAAGGCCUCCCGCUGCCCCACGUGGACAGAGAGGGGGGUUCGUGGGGCCCGUUCUCUCUAGCAGGUGGUUGUUCCUGGGGGUGGUUUGCUGGGGGAAACCUAGGCCUCAGGGGGUCCUUUGGGGUUCAGUGAUGCUGAAGAGAACAUCACUGGUUUCUACUUUUCUAUGAAAGCAUUUCUCUGUGUAUAUGUUUUAUAUACCUCAUUCUGACACCUGCAUAUAAAGGGCAGGAAAUGG